UCUAAUUUUUGAUCCCAUUCGCUUACCAUACCGAGUCAUCUGACGUCACAGUUCACAGCGGUUGCUAGCGGCAUAGCUCAAGAAACGUUUUCCGUUUAUGCAUUGCUUGCUACAAAUAAUCGUCAAACAUGGAAAUUGGGACAGAAAUCAGCAAGAAAAUAAGAACUGCUAUCAAGGGAAAGCUCCAGGAACUCGGUGCUUACAUUGAUGAAGAACUUCCCGAUUACAUAAUGGUGAUGGUGGCAAACAAGAAAACCUCUCAGCAGAUGGCUGAAGAUCUCUCUCUCUUUCUUGGAAACAAUACAAUUAAGUUCACAGCCUGGUUACAUGGAGUCCUGGAGAAGUUACGCUCUGUAGCAGUUGAGCCUACCUCAGUCAACGAUCAGAUCCCAUCUGAGAUCAUUGUGGCAACUGGGAGAAGAAGGUCAUUAGGAAGUCAAGACAGCAGCACAGGAGAGCUGAAGCUGUUGACCAUCUCCAGUGGUCAUUCUGACAGGAUUGAAGCAUGUGUGUCAAGUUCUGCACAUGAAAGCAGCAGCAGGAGGGGUCCAUUGGAGAAGAGCUCUUCACGACUCACCUCCACUGUCAAACCCCUAGUAGAACCCCUCUCCUCAGAGGCCGUAAUUGAUAUCAAGCCAGAGAUGGAUGAUGACUUCAUUGCUGAAGACCCUCUAGAAGUUGGAUCCCAUCAGGGCAGAGCACGCAGCAAAGCCAGUAGGCCCACAGCUGAGAUUUACAGACCCGGCCAGAGUAAACUGUCAUCGGCUGGAUUUGCAGGAGUGGUUUCUUCUCACAGCAGGCAGCAGGUCAGCAGAAGCAGCAGAACCUCCAGAAGUGGAUACAGUAAGNNGGAAGAAAUUUCAAGGAAACGUAAGGCUCCAGUUGCAAGUUCAGUGGUGCGAGUGAACAGAGCAGCAGAUGAAGACAGUGAUGAUGUGGAGGAGGAAGAGGAUGAGGAUUCUAACUAUGGAGGAAGAGGCGUUUCCAGCAGAGUGUCUCUGCCUUCCAAACCAGAACGCAAACCCACUUUGCCGCCAGCCAAGCAAGCCAACAGAAACCUGAUACUGAAAGCCAUAUCUGAGGCUCAAGACUCAAUCACUAAAACCACAUCCUUCACUACAAUUCCACCCAAGCAGACUGUUCCCGUGGCUCCUCGCGCUCGCUUGGCCAGCAGUGAGGAAAUGACAGCCGCUAUACAGCUGGUGCAGAAGCACCUCCACACUCUGGCUCCCAGAGUGCAGGCCUACACACCUGCAGGUCAAUCUCCUCCAAGACCUCAAGCUCCGUUGAGAUCUUUAUCUUCCCGCCUGCAGCUGGAUGUAGCAGCUGGAAGAGAACGUGUUUAUGGUGUGGAGGUUAAUGCUGGCAAUGAGGAAAAACCCUUUGAUACCCGCUCCUUUAUAAUGAAUCGUCCUCAACUGGAAGAGUCUCAGACAAGAGCCCAACAGCAACUGCAGGUUAAGGGGGAAGUCCAUUCUGCUGUGCCACGCACCGUACAGGCCAGUAAGGACACGGUUGACUCGGCCAGCCCAAAGUUUAUAGUGACCUUGGAUGGGAUCCCCAGUCCGCUGGGAAACCUGGAAGACUGUGACAUGGAGCUGGAUGAUGUGAGGCCUCCCAUAAAAAUCACAGAGGCCAUUGUCCAGGCCAACCGAGGGCCAAAGCUCAGUGUCCUGCAGAGGCUUCAGGGAGUGGUCACAUUAUCAGAUGAUAAUGAAAUGGACACUGAUAUGGCGGGUGAGGACACUGUCCCUGUUAAGAAACAGAAAGUGAUGGAGCGUUGUAAGUUCUGGCCAGCGUGUAAAAGUGGAGAUGAGUGUUCGUACCAUCACCCCACAACACAGUGCAAAACGUUUCCCAAAUGCAGGUUUGGGGAUAAAUGCCUCUUCAUUCACCCCAACUGUAAAUACGAUGCCAAAUGCACAAAGUCUGACUGUCCUUUCACUCAUGUCAGCCGCAGAGGAACCGUUGCUGCUCCACACAAACCAGCAGUCCAGCCGCCUCCAACAGCCAGUGUAUGUCGUUUCUUCCCUGAUUGUAAAAAGGUGGACUGUCCGUUUUACCAUCCCAAGCCGUGUCGGUUUGCCGGGCAGUGUAAACGAGCAGGGUGUACUUUCUACCAUCCAACCACUUCUGUGCCUCCAAGACACGCCCUGAAGUGGACGAAAGCACAGAGCAGCUAAUCUGACCUGGCAGUCUGGCAAAAGGCUGUUGUUCAAGAUGUGACACUGAAAGACCGGUAUGAGCCGUCUUUGAAUUUUUAAUUUUUAAUUGAAAAUAUGUUCUUUUUUGGUUUUAUUAUGUUCUUUAAACUUAUUUGCAAGAAAUGUGUUUUGUAAGAUGAGUAUGUUUUUUGCAAGGGUUGCAAACAUUAAAAUGUUGCACCAACAAUGUGUUGUCCCUGUCUUCUUAUUCAGCCCUUUGUUUCUGUUGUUGUCAUAAUAAAGUACUAAUUUGUAAUGGGAUGAAGAGCGUUUUUAUGAUGUCAUGAGAAGUAUGCAGAAAUAUAACAUUAUUUUCCUGAUCUGAUGUGAUAUAGGAGAUGUUAAUGGACAGUCAGAAAGAAAAGAAUAUGAUGUCGGUUAUCGUUAUAUUCUGUGCGUUUUCUUCUCCACACUCGCGGUACGUUCGUCACUGUGACGUCACAUCAGUCAGAGUUCAUAGUCAGGGUGAGAGCGUGUGUUCCUCGCCGGGAGCAGUGGCUCGCUCCUAUAAUCCAAGCUACUGGGAGGCUGAGGCUGGCGGAUGGUUUGAGCUCAGGGUUUCUGAGCUGCAGCGGACUGUGUCGAGCGGGUGUCCGCACUAAGUUCGGUAUCGAUAUGGUUCUCCCGGGGGAGCUCGGGAGAUCCAGGUCGUCUAAGGAGGGGUGUACCGGCCCAGGUCGGCAACGAAGCAGGUCAAAGCCCCCGUGCCGCUCAGUAGUGGGAUCGCGCCCGUGAAUAGACGAUGUAGUUCUGCCUGAGUAAUACAAUCAGACCCAGUCU